GGUCAGAAAUUUUCCUGACAAAAAACAACAAUAUAAUUUUGUGCGCACCGCCCCCGCGUCGUGACGUACCGCCGCCGGGACGCCCAAGACGCCUGCGACGCCCGUCACGACGCAGUCAGUGCCGAACACCGCAGUCGAAUACCACGACUCGCUUUAACCAAAACUUAGGAACGAACGAACAGUUAGGACCGAGGGAGGAAACCAAAUACAAAAAUGUCUUUCAAAAGCCACUUAGAAAUGAUAGGGCUCAACGAGUCGCCAACCAAAAAAGCCAAAUUCUGGCAGUCCUUUGUCAGAUCCCUAAAAGGAUCGGAUGACAUCAGGGCCACCGACCCGGUGCACAGCCGCCCACGCGGCGUGUUCCGCCCCCUCAGCGACAUCCCCGAGCUCUCGUCCAGCUACCCGUGGGGCAAGUCUAUCUACGACGACCCCAGCGCCGCCGCUGAACGCAUCCACGGAGCCGGCUACAGAUACGACCCCGUGCACAGGGACAUCUACGGAUACUCCCCGCGUCCGAUCUACCCCCACAACUACGGAUCUUUGGACAGAUACAGGCCCGUGUACCACAACUCAACUCCAAGGGUCAAGCCAUUCGAUGCUGACGCCGCCUGGAGGGACCACAUGGACCGGGUCAAGGGGCGCGCUCCAGAACAACAGAGCAGCAUUUUCAACACCACCUAUCCAUUCUCCCGUUACCCUCUCUACUUGGUCUACAGCAAAAGACCCUCUGCGGCCAGCGAAAAAUACGACCCCCAUCGCUCCUGGUUGGACCAUUUGGACCGUCUUUCCGGACUCGACUCCUUAUGGCCAUCCCUUAGCAGCAAAUUGUCUCCAACACCAAUCAAGGCUGGUCCAUGGGCCCCCCGUCCAUCCGAAGUGGCCUUCAACUACGCCGGUCAACCAAUCUACACCCGCGGAGGCUUGUUCCCAAGUAAGAGCAUUUACCGUGACCUAUUGGACCCCCCCGCGUCCCUCCCAAUUUCCGCGGUGACUCGCGAUCCCUUCUGGUGGUCAUCCCCCGUCCUCAAACCCAUUAGAUCCUUCUCCCCAUGGGGAAGAUCCCCCUCCUAUUUGAGAGACUCCUACCUUUCCCCAGUCAAGAGGACGUAUCUGUGGGACAAACACCCUGCCAGGCCUUUUGCUGCCGUUUACUAAGUACCAAAACUGAUGACAGGAUAUCUCGCUAAAUUCAGAUACUUAAUGCGACUGACUGAACCUCAACAGUGCUGCCAAAAUAAUAAACCAAUAUUAUUUUGGUGAAGUGUUCAUAUACCUAUUAUUUAAAAAAAUUAAAUUAUUAUUCUCAAAAAAAUUAUACAUCAAGUGCCUUAAAUUAUACAACAUAAAAAGAACGUUACAAAAAAUCCCGAUAGGUGGCGUAACAGCUCUAAAGCGUGUCUCCCCAUUCCAACAAAUCAACUUUUCGAAAUGCCAUUUAUGGGAUAAAACAUCAAAAUUUUGAAUUUGGCAUGCUAAAAUUUUUAAAAAUAAAAAAUAUAACACCA